AUGUUUAUGAAAUUGUUCAUCGUUGCCUGUUUGGCUGUUGCCGUCUUCGGACGCCACACCUUCAACGAGGAGGACCGCAACCGGUUUAAGGCUGCAUUUAGAAGAACCUGCGUAAGAAAUGGCGCAGAAGACAAAGCUCCUCAGGCUGAGGCUGCUUUUGACACUUUUGUGGAUUGCAUCAAGGCUCAGAUCGACCCUGACACAGUGAAAAGCGAAAUCGAAGAAGCCAGACCCCGCGGAGCUGUUGAUGAAGUCUUCAAGAAGUACUGUGACAAGAAACCAGCAUUCAAAACCUGCAUUACUGGUUUGUUCGACGGAGUCUACCCAUGCUUGAGCGCCGAUGUUCGUAAUAAUCUUGGUUCUGACAAAAAUGCGACCGACCGAUUCCUGAAUUUCAUCUGCCACAAUGACGGAGAGAGAAUAGCUUUAUUCAUUGCUGAGGAUGGUAUCGGCUGUUUCAACGAAAAAGAAGACGAAAUCGUAACUUGCGUCGAGAACCUUCGCAAGAAUGUUGAUGCCGAAGAAGAAGUCAGACAUAUGACUAUCGAUGCCUUCUGUAACAGACUUACAGCCAUGACUUCAUGUACUGUGAAUGCUUUAGAGAACUGCUCGUCUCCCACGCCCAGUAACAUGGCGGAGGCUCUCUUCAAAUACGUCAAGAACAGCACACCAUGCAGGAAAUCUGUAAGUUAUUUAUGA